GUAAUUAUUAUUACAUCCCCUCCCACACGCAGAAAGGAAAGAGAAUCAUCGAAAGAGCAAAAAGAUAAGGAAAAAUUUCCAUUUCUUUCUCAGAACUUGAAUUCUCGGAGAAUCCAGCGGCUGCAGGCCACACAGAUCCCGCCAUUGUUCUGUUCUGUUCUGUUCUGUACUCAAGAGUUUGAAGGGAGAACGAGGAAAGCCCCACCAGGAAUUCUCCGAAUCGUUGUCCAAAUCAAAUCCGAACCAAAAGGUUCCUGUAAGAACUGUGUUGUUUUUUUGUUAAGGAGCUCGAAUGGCGGGAAGAUCGUAUCGAUCCGAUUCUCAGCCCGGAAGGGGCGGAGUCCCGCCGACGGUGACAUUUACUCGGAGAACGUCGUCAGGUCGAUACGUUAAUCUGUCGAGGGAGAGUCUCGACAGUGAGAUGAGCGGCGUCGAGUUCCAAGAAUACACUGUGCAUAUCCCGCCGACGCCUGACAAUCAGCCGAUGGAGAUGAUGGAUCCUCCGAUUUCGCAGAGGGUCGAGGAGCAAUACGUCUCGAGUUCGCUUUUCACCGGCGGAUACAACAGCGUUACGCGCGCCCAUUUGAUGGAUAAGGUGAUCGAAUCCGAGGCAAACCAUCCCCAGAUGGCCGGCGCAAAAGGGUCGUCGUGCGCCGUUCCCGGAUGCGACGGAAAAGUCAUGAGCGACGGGAGGGGCGAAGAUAUUCUCCCGUGCGAGUGCGAUUUCAAGAUUUGCCGGGAUUGCUUUGUCGAUUCCGUCAAGACCGGCGACGGUAUUUGUCCCGGUUGUAAAGAGCCGUAUAAAAACACCGACUUGCCUUCGAAUUCCGCCGAGCCCGGUCAGCCGUUGCCCCUCCCGCUUAAUUCCGGGAUGUCGAAGAUGGAGAGGAGAUUGUCGCUUAUGAAAUCGAUGAACCGGUCCGCUAUAGUUCGGAGCCAGUCGGGUUUGAUGAGGAGCCAAACCGGCGUCGAUUUCGAUCAUAACCGGUGGUUGUUCGAGACUAAGGGGACAUAUGGAUACGGUAACGCGAUAUGGCCAAAAGACGGCGGAGGCUUAGCAGAGGAAAAUAAUGAAGAGUCGAGUGAGCCGCAAGAACUCGUCAGCAAGCCAUGGCGACCGCUUACUCGUAAAUUGAAGAUACCCGCCGCAGUACUUAGCCCGUACAGGCUCUUGAUUUUGGUUCGUAUGGCGGUCCUCGGGCUAUUUUUGGAGUGGAGAAUCAGCCAUCCGAACGAGGAUGCUCGAUGGUUGUGGCUAAUGUCGGUUAUCUGUGAGAUAUGGUUUGCGUUCUCGUGGUUACUCGAUCAGCUUCCGAAGCUGUGUCCUGUGAACCGAGCUACCGAUCUUAAUGUUUUGAAAGAAAAGUUCGAAACGCCGACUCCCAACAAUCCGACGGGGAAAUCGGAUCUUCCGGGGGUGGAUAUUUUCGUUUCGACGGCUGAUCCCGACAAAGAACCUCCGCUCGUCACUGCAAACACUAUUCUGUCGAUUCUUGCUUCGGAUUAUCCUGUCGAAAAGCUUUCCUGCUACGUGUCUGAUGAUGGCGGUGCGCUUCUCACGUUCGAGGCCAUGGCGGAAGCUGCAAGUUUCGCGAACAUGUGGGUUCCGUUCUGUCGUAAGCAUGAUAUCGAACCGAGAAAUCCCGAGUCUUAUUUCAGCUUGAAGAAGGAUCCGUAUAAGAAUAAAGUGCGACCCGACUUUGUCAAAGAUCGGAGACGGGUUAAGCGGGAGUAUGACGAAUUCAAGGUCCGGAUCAACGGCCUUCCUGAUUCGAUUCGUCGUCGCUCUGAUGCGUAUAAUGCUCGCGAAGAAAUCAAGGCCUUGAAGCUUCGGAGGCAAACCGCCGAGGAUGAACCGUUGGAAGCGUUGAAGGUCUCGAAAUCGACUUGGAUGGCAGACGGUACCCACUGGCCCGGGACGUGGACGGUUUCUGCUCCCGAACACUCGAAAGGAGACCAUGCUGGAAUCAUUCAGGUUAUGUUGAAACCUCCGAGCGACGAGACUUUACAUGGCUUGGCUGACAACGGCCCACUCGAUUUCUCCGAAGUCGACAUUCGGCUACCCUUGCUCGUCUACGUUUCCCGCGAGAAACGGCCCGGUUACGAUCACAACAAAAAGGCGGGUGCGAUGAAUGCUUUGGUUAGAGCCUCGGCGAUCAUGUCGAACGGCCCGUUCAUCCUCAAUCUCGACUGCGAUCACUAUAUCUACAACUCGCAGGCGAUCCGGGAAGGCAUGUGUUUCAUGAUGGACCGGGGAGGAGAUCGGAUCUGUUACGUGCAAUUCCCCCAAAGAUUCGAGGGCAUCGAUCCGUCCGAUCGGUAUGCUAACCACAACACGGUUUUCUUCGACGUGAACAUGCGCGCUCUAGAUGGUCUUCAAGGUCCCGUUUACGUCGGGACCGGGUGCCUCUUCCGUAGGACUGCGCUUUACGGUUUCGAUCCGCCCCGAUCGAAGGAGCACUCGGGUUGCUGCAGCUGCUGUUUUGCUCGUCGAAAGAAGAACCUGUCCGACAAUUCGGCGCCGGAGGAACACCGAGCGCUACGAAUGGGAGAUUCGGAGGACGACGAAAUGAACCCGUCACUCUUCUCGAAAAGAUUCGGCAACUCGAGCUUCCUGAUCGACUCGAUUCCGGUGGCGGAGUUCCAAGGCCGACCCCUCGCCGAUCACCCUGCCGUGAAGAACGGUCGCCCCCCUGGUGCUCUGACUAUCCCUAGAGAACUCCUCGACGCGUCGACCGUUGCGGAAGCCAUCAGCGUCAUAUCGUGCUGGUACGAAGACAAAACGGAGUGGGGAAAUCGCGUCGGAUGGAUUUAUGGGUCUGUGACCGAAGAUGUCGUCACCGGAUACCGAAUGCACAACCGCGGCUGGAAAUCUGUGUACUGUGUAACGAAGCGGGAUGCGUUCCGUGGCACAGCUCCGAUCAAUUUGACGGACCGUCUCCAUCAAGUUCUUCGAUGGGCUACCGGUUCGGUCGAGAUUUUCUUCUCCCGGAACAAUGCGUUGCUGGCUAGCCCGCGAAUGAAGUUCCUGCAGCGAGUGGCGUACCUCAACGUCGGGAUCUACCCGUUCACGUCUGUGUUCUUGAUCGUGUACUGCUUCCUCCCGGCGCUGUCGCUGUUCUCGGGACAGUUUAUCGUGCAGUCGUUGAAUGUCACGUUCCUCACGUACCUUUUGACAAUCACGCUGACGCUCUGCAUGCUGGCGAUACUUGAGAUAAAGUGGUCGGGGAUCAACCUCGAGGAGUGGUGGCGAAACGAGCAGUUUUGGCUGAUCGGCGGGACGAGCGCGCACAUCGCCGCUGUUUUGCAGGGGCUGUUGAAGGUGGUCGCCGGGAUCGAAAUCUCGUUCACUCUAACGUCAAAAUCUGGGGGUGACGAGAACGACGACGACUUCGCGGAUCUCUACAUUUUGAAAUGGUCGUCGUUGAUGAUCCCGCCGAUUACGAUCAUGAUUACGAACUUGAUCGCGAUAGCUGUCGGGUUCAGCCGGACGAUAUACAGCGCGAUACCGCAGUGGAGCCGGCUGAUCGGCGGGGUGUUCUUCAGCUUCUGGGUGUUGGCACAUCUCUACCCGUUUGCUAAGGGGCUGAUGGGGCGGCGGGGGAGGACGCCGACGAUAGUGUUCGUCUGGUCUGGGCUGAUCGCCAUCACCAUUUCGCUUCUGUGGGUGGCGAUAUCGCCGCCGGAGGGGAACACACAGAUCGGAGGGUCGUUCCAGUUUCCAUGAGAGUCUUGGAUGAGCUGAUGAUCUCUGGUUGUGAUUUUUACUUGGAUCUUCAAAAUUGAUUCGAUGAUCUCAUCUUUUGAUGAAUUGUUUCUUUUGUUGUUCGUUAAUGGAGAGGACGACAUGGCCGUUUGUAGUUA